GUUAGCUGUGUUGUAUGAAAUAUCUAUAAAGUAUUCAUCGUCGUUAUAGGUGCGAAUAAGCAGUUUCACUCUUAGUCUCUCCCGAGAUGAAUAACAGCAGUAACAAAAGGGCUCCAACUACGGCAACACAGCGACUAAAACAGGACUACCUCCGAAUCAAAAAAGACCCUGUGCCUUAUAUCUGUGCUGAGCCGCUCCCAUCAAAUAUUUUGGAAUGGCACUAUGUUGUUCGAGGUCCUGAGAAAACUCCCUAUGAAGGGGGAUACUAUCAUGGCAAGUUAAUAUUUCCUCGGGAAUUUCCCUUUAAGCCACCUAGUAUUUACAUGAUAACCCCUAAUGGGAGAUUCAAGUGCAACACAAGGUUGUGUCUCUCUAUUACUGAUUUCCACCCUGAUACAUGGAACCCAGCAUGGUCUGUCUCAACUAUACUAACAGGCCUCCUGAGUUUUAUGGUGGAAAAAGGCCCCACACUGGGUAGCAUAGAAACAUCUGAUUACACUAAAAGACAGCUGUCUGCUCAGAGCUUGGCUUUCAAUCUGAAGGACAAAGUGUUUUGUGAAUUAUUUCCAGAUGUUGUUGAAGAGAUCAAACAGAAGCAGAGGACCCAAGAGGAGCUCAGGUCGCGGCAUCAGGCUCUUCAGCUCCCAGAUGUGGUGCCUGACGGAGAGGUACACCAACCUCACUACAGACUCCCAGCCUUGAAUGGACAUGUUCCUUUAGCGGGGGGUGCAGCCGCCCCUCAGCCCCCUGGCCUCCAGCAAGGCAAUCGAAACAAUGGACUUCUGGGUGGAGCCCUCGCAAACUUUUUUGUAAUCGUUGGCUUUGCUGCUUUUGCAUACACAGUAAAAUAUGUGCUACGGAGCAUAGCCCACGAGUGAGAGAGUAGAGUUUUAGAAAAGAUAAAAAAAACAAAAAACAAAACUGUAAGACCAGAGCUGAAGAGGAUGGAUUUCCUGAUAUGUACAGGGGCAGACAAUUAUCGGAUGACAAGAGGAGUCGGUGGGACUGAUGCGAACUGAUUCUGUGUUUGAGAGCAUGACUGGUUGGGUGGUGCUAUGAUUGCGUUGGGUGAUCAGUGCAGUGUAGCUGUCUUGGAACAGUACAGGAAAAGAUUGUUGACUUUCAGCAAUCAACAUUGGUUGCUGAGAAACAACAUCUUCCAGAUCUGCAGGGAGAAGAAAUCUCUCCCAAUAACUGAUUAAUUCAUACACCACUGAGGGAAAGAAAAACAAAAAACCUUCAUUUCUGUAAUUUGGGGAAGGAUCGUUUUUAAUGCAUAAGUGCUGUUUAUCACCACAAACUUGAAUUAUUCAUUUGACUUCAGUUGGGUGUUCUGAUGGGUAACUCAUAUUAAAUAUGACUUUGUUGCUACACCAAUCAUCACAGUG